CGUCCAGGGACCUGCCCUGUAUGCUCUGUGGUAGAACUGAAAACUGCAUAGAGAAAUAUGGAGAGAAACACACCUAUGCAGAACAUAACUUGACUUUGCACUAUUAUUGUCUGCUGCUUUCCAGUGGUAUUUGGCAAAGAGGGGAAGAACAUGAAGGAAUAUAUGGUUUCUUGGUUAGUGACAUUAAGAAAGAACUGAGUAGAGCCAAGAGACUGAGGUGCUAUGUAUGUAAAAUGCUUGGAGCGUCAAUUGGCUGUGUGACUCCUCGGUGUAAACGCAGCUACCACUAUCCUUGUGGCCUGGAAAGGCAGUGUAUAUUCCAGUUCAUGGACAGCUUCAGGUCAUACUGCUGGGAUCAUCGACCAGUGCAAACAUUUCUACAAAGUGAACCUGGUGAAUCUUCACCCUGCACAAUUUGCUUGGAACCAGUGAACCAUGUUCCUUCUUACCAUAUCUUACGAGGACCGUGUUGCAAAACAUCAUGGUUUCAUAGAGAAUGUCUGCAGUACCAAGCACUUAGUGCUGGAUUGUUUUUCUUCCGCUGCACAGUGUGUAACAAUAAGGACCUGUUUCAGAAAGAGAUGCUACACAUGGGAAUCCAUAUUCCUGAAAGAGAUGCCUCAUGGGAAUUGGAGGAAAAUGCUUUUCAAGAGCUGUUGGUCAGAUAUCAGCACUGUGAUGUUAAAAAGUGUGUGUGCCGGUUUGGUCGGGAAUAUAGUGAGCCAGAAAGCAAAUGGGAGAUUGUAUGCUGCCAGUGUUGUGGAUCUAGUGGUACACAUAUGGCUUGCUCCUCCUUAGAACACAUGAAUCAGACAUGGGAAUGCUUAGACUGUCGGAGUAUCAGCUGCACACCAGUGAAGAGACCACAUCCCUCAUCCCAUAAUGCAUCUAACGGUACAGAAACUGGGGUUGGGCAACCAUCACCAAAAUGCCGCAGGCGAUCAAAAACUCCCAGGAGAGUUAUCUUAAAGCAAAUUAAAAUGGAAAGCAGGCAAAUAUCUGAUAUAUUGGGGGAACUGAGGACUCAGAUCCUGAACUCUGUGUGUACAAUAAAGGUGAAGAGGAAGUCUCUUUGGAAAAGUUCCAUUUGCUGUUUCCGCAAAAGGAACUUUUCUCCGUGUAGCACUCUGCAUAUAUCCAUCAAAGAGAGUAAAGAAAAUUCAAACCAGAAAGCAAACCUGUCCCUUUCUCAGUAUUUCAAACUUUUGAUGAAUGAGAUCGAGAACUCUGAUGUGUUUGAAGGAUCUGAACGGAAGAAUCUUUCUUUAAAUCCAAAUGCUCUCCAAGAUAACCUGUACUUCGAAGCUGGUAGAAUGUUGGCGAUUGCUUUAGUCCAUGGCGGACUGCCUCCAGGAUUUCUUUCUCAAACACUCUUUGCUUGUCUGAUCUCGGAUUCUCAGCAUGUUCAGCCAGUGUUAGAAGAUGUAGCAGAUCCUGAUGUCUUAGAAGCAAUAGUAACGAUUCAGUCUUGCCAGAGGAUUGGCGAGUUAAAGGAAGCUAUUUUCCAUUACUUUGACUACCUGCAGAAGACUGACACAUUGCGACUUGUACAGUCCGUAAGCGAUAAAGUUCACCUGGUGAAGAAUAUGCUAACUUACCAUGUCAUUCACAGGGUGCAGGAACCACUUGAAAGCUUUAAACAGGGGCUACAGACACUAGGUGUGCUUGAGAAAAUCCAAGCCUAUCCAGCUGCAUUUUGGAGUGUCCUGUGCAUGAAACCUGAAAGGCUAACUGCCGAGGCUGUGGCUGAACUGUUUACCAUUAAUCAUAAUGCCAACUCAGACAUUAUUCAUAAGUAUAAUGCUGCCAACCUUUGGAAGAAGUAUCUUCAAGACUCAGAAGAUGGAGCUACCGCUGUUUCACUGGAAGACAUUCUGAGUUUUGCAACGGGCUUGGACUGCAUUCAUCCAGCUGGUUUUGAGCCACAGCCAUCCAUUUUGUUCCAUUACAAACCUAUUCUUCCCACCGCAAGGAAAAACAUGAAUUGUAUUGAGGUUUCAGGAAUGAACAGCUACUACAAGUUCAGAAGUAGCCUGGACAAGGCCAUAUGUGAUGCACUGUGCAAAACAUAACAUUCUUGUAUAUCAUGCCAGCCAGACUUGUACGGAUUGUGUAUUUU